GAACCAGUCAAGUGACUCACAGCGCGUGUGUGGUAACAACAACAACAGAUACAUAUUUACUUAUCAGAGAUAUUUAUAGGUUUGAUUCAAAAACAGACAAAAAUGGCAAAUGCAGAUCCAAGAGUUAAAAAGAUAAAAAUACAAACGGGUGUAGUGAAGAGGAUAACAAAAGAGAAAGGUUACUAUGAGCAGGAAGUUAUCAGGGAAGAACAGAGAUAUGAAAAGAAAAAAAGUGAUGGUGGUGAUGAUCAUGAUCUUAGGAAACAAACUGAAGUCAUAAAUGAAACAAAAGCUAUGAUUCCAGAUACUAAAAGUAGAUUGUUAAAGUCUUGUGGAGAACUGAAAAACAUGCUGGAAAGUGAGAAAGACCUAGAUGGUACAGAUGAUUACAAAGCAGCUCAAAAUGCUGUAGAAGAGGCUGAGGCAGUGUUAAAGGAUUAAUGAAAAUUAUAUGAUGUAUUCAUUCAUAAAAUAUAUGUAUUGUUAGUAGGUUUUUUAUUUCAUUAAGAUGCAUUAUUGCUGUAUUUUUUGUUAACAAAGUGAAGAACAGAUUUUGGUAAUAGUUUACGACUUGCACUUGGACAACUCUUAAAGAAAUAUUGGCAAACCACUUUUUUUUAGCAUUUCCCAAUGGAAAAUUCUAAAGAUUUGCUUUAACUGUUAAUAGUAAGUGUGAUUUUAAUUAUAUAUAUAACAAACCACCAGUAUUAAGCAUUACUAACAAUGUCUACAAUUUAUGCUGUUAGAAAAUUAAUGUUAUCCAGAUUGAAACAAGCAUAUAACAUAAGUUUUUGUAAAAAGAACACUGUUGUCAAGGUUUAUAUUUCACUUCAGGUUAACGUUUUUCAGCAAAAUUGAAGUAUUCUUGCACACUGUGUUAUGUAACAUAUUACCUCUUUAAAAAAACAACAACAAAAAAACUUACAAGUUUUGAGCUUCUUGCCCAAAAUAAAAUUUUCAAAUUUUUAUUGUUCAUGAUUUUAUAAUGCUUGAUUUUCAUAUUGCAUACAUGUAUUUGCUUAUAUUAAGUAAGGGAGUGUUUCCAACUAACUGAGCAAUGUGUCAUUAAAAAAAAACCCCACCCCAUAGAGUUUACAGCUUAAUUCAUUACAUUUAAGAUUUUUAUGCAAUAUUGGUAAUAAUUUGCAAAGUUCUUGCAAAAGCUUGAAUAAUUUUCUGUAAUUAGAAGAAAUGUAAGAAGGGUUAUGUUAAAAUAAUUUAAACAAUUACAUUAUUAUCAAAAAGGUUAUUUCUAUUCUGUGAAUUUGCACAUCAAGAAUUAAUGCUUGGUGAUUUAAGAACUCUUUAUAAAUUGCUAAUAUCACUUAUUGAUAUGGAAUUAAAUACUGCAGAAUGAGCAUCUGGCCCCGUGUUCACAAAGAAAAGAUCAGGAUCAAGUGAUCCUGAUUUUAUUUUCUGUGUUUUAUAUAACUACUAUUGAUCGUAUUUUGCUAGAAUUGAAUGGUACAUAAAGUUAAUGUAAUAUUUUGCUGAUUUGCAAAGAAACAAUCCUGUUUUGGGAUAAAAUAGACAAAUAACGAAACAAAUACAAAAAUAAUGGGAUCAAAAUAAGGAUCAAUUUUAGGAUCAAGAUCAAUAUUUGGAUCAACUGUAAAAUGCCCAUAUCUUUCAAAAAUUACAAUAAAUUUAUUCUUUAAUUUCAAAAGCAUGCUAUUUCAAGUCCAGUUUUAUCAAGUUAAUAUUAAAUAUCUAAUCUAUAAGAAUUAACAAUGGAUAAUAUUUGAGUUUUUAGAUUUGAUCCUGAUCUUGAUCCUGAUCCUAGAAUCUUUGUGAACACGGGGCCUGAUAUUACCACAAGUGUAUACAAGAUAGUGCAAAUGAAGAAACUCGAUCUUAAACCAAAAUGAAGUAGAUGGUCACAUUUUUUUUUCAUCUCUAUUGUUAUUGUUUUAAGGGUCUCCACUGAGAUUUUUUUGCUUGGCAGGAUUUGAACUUUUCAAGAUUAAUUUUCAAUUUGAUGUAGGUCUAGACCAAUAACAGUUUAACUUCUGUGCAAAAUUUCAUCUCAUUUGAACUUUCUGUUUUACAAGAGUAAUUAUUUUGUGAAAAAUAACCAAUAAUUGAAAUGAAAUGCAAUCUGCUUUUCGCUCAAAUAAGUCUAAGAAUGGCACAAAGUACAAUUUGAUUAAAUUCUGUUGUAUAUAAUUUCAUCUUUUGCAUAAGUGUCCUAGGUGAUCUAUGUAAGAAAUUCAAAUUUUAUAUUUAGGCUAUUGGACCUCAGUGGAGUCCCUUUAAUGUUCUCAAAUUUUUACAAUUGCAAACAAAGCAAAUUACAUACCUGUUGUCAUCAUGCCAGGCUGAACAAAACCUAGGUCUAACUCAUUCAAAGUUUGUAACGAAGUUGUAUAUCAUAAAACAUUUUGUUGCCUGUAUUGUAUAUUUAUAAAAUUUACAUUCAUAUUUAUUAUUGUGUUCACACAUUUAGUUUAUUUUGGAAUGGGCAUAUUAAUAAAAGUAAUCCAUGGAUGGA